AAUCAGGUGGCGGGUGCGAGCCAACGGACACCGAUGAGCACCAUAGCCGCGGCGAUUUCCGUAACCGCCGCGGCGGCGGCGUCCAGCCACGGCGGUGGCCGGCGACACCGCCGCGGCUCUGUCGCCGUGCGCUGCUCGUCCGCGGCCGACGAGCGGCAGGCCCUCUUCAGCCGCAUCGCCCCCGUAUACGACCAACUCAACGACGUGCUCAGCCUGGGGCAGCACCGGACGUGGAAGCGCAUCUGCGUCUCUUGGUCCAUGGCGAAGAGAGGGGACAGGGUUCUUGAUCUCUGCUGCGGGAGCGGGGAUUUGGCGUUCCUGCUGUCGCAGAAGGUCGGCAUAGAAGGAGAGGUGAUGGCUGUCGAUUUCUCAAGGCAGCAGCUGCAAACUGCUGCUAGCCGUCAGGAACAACGCUGGAAGAGCUGCUACAAGAACAUCAAAUGGAUCGAGGGCGAUGCACUCGAUCUACCUUUCCCAGACCGCUACUUCGAUGCUGUUACAGUUGGUUAUGGAUUGCGCAAUGUAGUUGACAAACCCAAAGCAAUGAGAGAGAUUUGUAGGGUCCUACAACCAGGAUCAAGAGCAUCUAUACUGGAUUUUAACAAGAGCUCGUCAUUUUUCACGGCAUCGUUGCAGAGUUGGGCAAUUGAUAAUGUCGUGGUUCCUCUAGCAAGUAGCUAUGGACUAACGGAAGAGUACAAGUACUUGAAAAGUUCCAUAUCAGAGUAUCUUACAGGAGAGGAGUUGGAGAAGUUAGCCAAAGAAGCUGGGUUCUCUUCUGCCAAGCACUAUGAACUUGGUGGAGGGCUGAUGGGGGACCUUGUCGCAACUCGUUGACUAGAAUUAUAGAGAUGAAAUGUUAUCUUUAUGAUUUGUCUGCAACUGUCACUUUCGGACUGCUCCAACAUCAUGCAAAAAUGAGAAAGGCACUAACAGUGAAUGUUUUUAAAAUGAUAAUAUGAAUAUUUUGAAUUUAUUUUCCUCUACAUUUGCCUGAUUUGCAGUUUCGUGUGGGUGUUCUUUUUCAUAGGGCUGUUCCUUUUACAGUAGUGUCGCUGGUGUUGGCUUGGCCUAGCUAAAGGUGGAAGGUUGGCAGUGCUGCCAUUUUCUCUGUUUUGGUGUUGUUUUCACUAACCUGGGUGGGUGUGCUCCUCUUGUAAAACUGGUGGUUCCCAGCAUGUAUCCCAGACUCAAAAUACUUGCUCUAUUAAAUCAGGGUUCUCGUAUGGACCUUUUCUCUAAAAAAAUAUUUUUUUGCGGAUCU